UGCCCAGCUAAUCUGCGUGAUUGAUUGGCAAUAGUGCUAAAAAAGGUCAAUGGCCAAGUAGAAGGGCGUUCCCGAGUCAAAUAUAACAUAUAUGUAUUGUUGGAUUGUAAAAAAAGCAAAGAGCAAACGAGCAAUGCAUGCGUUAGUUUAUGAAAAAACAGAGGAGAAGAUUAUAUAUUCACAGGCAUUCAAUUCCCAAUAGCCAGCGAGAGAGGGUCUUAUCGGCCUCCUUAUUCUCUCUGAAACCUCUCCAGAUUUCAAGUUGGUUUCCCUGUCUCACCUGUUUUCUUUCAAGAUGGCUGAAGGGAAUGCACAAUCCAAAUACGUGAAGCUAACGAAGGAUCAGGAUCAAUCGCCUUUGGAGGAUAUCACGCCCGGAGAGCUCAACCAGCCCAUUGAAGUUCCUCAGUUGGUCGUUCAUAGGUGCAUGGAAUGUGGGCAACCCCUACCUGAGAGCUACCAACCUCCAGCUGAUGAAGAUUGGACCACAGGGAUUUGUGGCUGUACUGAAGAUUUUGAUAGCUGCUGGACAGGACUCUUUUGUCCAUGUGUCUUGUUUGGGCGCAAUGUUGAAACAUUGCGAGAUGAAAUUCCUUGGACGAAUGCAUGUGUUUGCCAUGCCAUAUGUGUUGAAGGUGGAAUGGCAGUUGCAGCAGCAACAGCCCUCUUCCAUGGUAUUGAUCCAAAGACAUCAUUUCUCAUUUGCGAGAGCCUGUUCUUUGCAUGGUGGAUGUGUGGCAUCUACACAGGUCUUUUUCGACAAUCACUGCAGAAGAAAUAUCAUCUUAAGAAUUCACCAUGUGAUCCAUGCCUGGUGCACUGCUGUUUGCACUGGUGCGCGCUGUGUCAAGAACACAGGGAGAUGAGGAACCAUUUAUCCGAUAAUGCUAGCAUGCAGAUGACCGUUGUUAAUCCUCCACCAGUUCAAGAGAUGAACUCCGAAGAGAGCAGGGACUCUGCAUCAACUACACAUGGGGAGCACACAGGCUGGGAGAUUCAGGCUCUGUAGGAUUUGCAUUUGACAUGAGAGAAAAUUUUUUUUCCGUAAUGUUUUCAUUUGGGUCUGAGGGGAUCCACCAGUACAGUGUUUUGAAUAGUUGUUAGUACCAUUCCAAGCUUCAUCAAGUACUUUGUUAUAGCUAUGAGGACUUUUAUGGGAUGGAAACAAAGUUUAUACCUUUUUUCUAAUUGCAGUUUCAUGAUUUUGAAGCUAUAUAGAUGGAUCUUUAAGCUUUUGACACUCUUAUGUGUCACAACUA